CUGGCCGCAGGGAAGUCUCUGAGCAGAAGUUCGGGGCGGUGCUUGAGGGCGAAAGGCGGAGUUAAAUCGAGCAGCGGAUCUGGGAUUGGCUCCCGGCUCUUCGGGGACUGAGCUUUCUUCGCCCGCGUAUUGGUGUUACGGGGGCUCGGGUAGGCUGAUUGACAGUGAGUAAGAUGGCGGCGCCCAUCGUAAUCCCGGAUACAGGCAGCAUCAGAAAGGCAGUGUCCCUUAUCAAUGCUAUAGAUACAGGCAAGUUCUCUCGGCUGCUCUCCCGCAUCCUUCAGAAGCUUCACUUAAAGGCAGAGAGUACUUUCACAGAAGAAGAGGAAGAAAAACUUCAAGUUGCCUUCUCAGUGAAGAAGCAAGAUCUCCACCUCAUCCUUGAAACCAUCACAUUCAUUUUGGAACAGGCUGUGUAUCACAACCUGAAACCAACCAUUCUGCAACAGCAGUUGGAGCAUUCCCAUGUGGAUCGUGAUAAAGUAGAAGUGUUUGCUACUACUUGGGCUGCUGCAGGGCCAGAGACAAUAGAGAAGUUCAGACAAAGGAGUUUGUCACCUCAGAAGCUUGAGACAGUUGGAUGGCAGCUUAGCCUUCAGAUGUCUCAGUCCACUCAAGCAAAACAAAAAUCUCCGCAAGCUGUUUUAGAACUUGGAGUAAACAAUGAAGAUUCAAAGUUCUUCUAGGUAUGAUAUUUAAAUCUGUCGGAAACUAAAAGGUCAUGGUAAAAACGUCGCAAGUUCCAACAAAGCUUUGAAUCUGAAAUCUCCUGCAGUUUGCUGAAUGUGGAGAAGGUGUGUGUGGAAUUCAGCCAUCAAGAACUGUUUGAGUUCUAUAACAAGCUGGAGACCAUACAAGCACAACUGGAUUCCCUUACAUGAUACUGUUCUGAAGAUGAAUUUCUCCACCACAUUCUGCUACUUCAGUAUUCUCUUUUGAAGAUGGAUUGGCCAACAGUUUGCUGAAUAAUUCAGUUGGUUAUUUUCAGAAAAUGGCUUGUCUCUUGUUUGCCCAGUAACCAAAGAAAAUCAUUGUUAAGAAAAUGGAGGUUCUAGUCGGUCUCAUCUUUACCACAUCAUUCAAGAACAUUUUUUACUGGAGUAGAGGAUACACCCUAUAUUGUUUUACAGGUAUCUUGAAGUGUAGAUGUGCUAUUCAUUCUCAUCCCCCACCCCUGCCCGUUUCUCUGUUUUGCAUAGAAGUUGGAAAUUUGCAAAUGUUGAAGGGCUAUAAGUGAAACAAUUAUCACCAUUAAAUACAGAAUACAUGUUCAAAUAUUUAGAAAAAAUAUGACUAAUCAGAAUUCAACAGGUAAAACAUUUUGCUCCAUAACUACUGUAUAUCUCAAUAAUUAAAAAAAUAAAGAAACUUCUGUUAUGGACCCAUUGUCUUUUCUUUUUAACAACUUACAUAUAUUUCAAGGUUGCUGAGCUACAAAGCAAAGCCAUUUCUGGCUGCUUUAGUAGCUGUAAAAGAUUGUUUUAAGGACAGUUAACAUAAAUAUGUGUAGCUGUUCUAACCCUGUAAUGAGUGGAGGUGAGUGGUAGGAAGAACCAUUGCACAUCCAGGAUUUUUGUGUGCACGUUGGAAUUGCUGUGCUUUCAAGAAACUUCUGGGUGAUAUAUGACUUUCUAAAUAUGAAUAUGAUUGUUCUAUUUAACAAUUUAAUCAUUUUUAAUAAUCACUUUAAAUAAUUUUGCAUUUUAAAUAAACACUUUGCAUUUUAAAUAAUCACUUUGGAUAUAUUUACUAGCUUACAAUAGAUUUAUACUUACUUUCCAUCAUGGUUAUCAUUCAAAGAGCAGCAAUUGUGUUAUGCCCAUGAAAUAAAUAGUGGCUGACAUCAAACUAAUGCUGUGCACUUCGGAAAACGUUUUGUGGGUGCCAUGAGGGAGGGGUGAUUUUCUCCAAUACCCCACUUACAUAGGAAGCUGCCAUAUACCGAGUCAGACCAUUGGUCUAUCUAGCUCAGUAUUGUCUUCACAGACUGGCAGCGGCUUCUCCAAGGUUGCAGGCAGGAAUCUCUCUCAGCCCUAUCUUGGAGAAGCCAGGAAGGGAACUUGGAAUCUUCUGCUCUUCCCAGAGCAGUUCCAUCCCCUGAGGGGAAUAUCUUACAAGGCUCACACUUCUAGUCUCCCAUUCAUAUGCAACCAGGGCAGACCGUGCUUAGCUAAGGGGACCCGUCAUGCUUGCUACCACAAGACCAGCUCUCCUCACCCCAGAACAGCAAUUUUUGUAACCACCUAUGCCUCCUGCAGGUUUGUUCCUGAGGGCCCCACAAUAUUAGUCUGGGUAUCAACCAGCAUGUUUUUAAGCUGUUGAUUGGAGUGAAGCCCCAUGUGUCUGUGACAGUGGAUAUACUUAAUGUACCUUUGCUGUUGUGCACAUUAGGUGUGACCUUUACAGAAGCAGAAAGGGAGAAAUGGCUAGUUUACCAUUGAUUCUCCCAAUUUUAAUUUAAUAUCAGGUUUUUUAGACACUCCCAGAUCAUCUGGACAAAUCAGGAGUCCCUAGAAGGGAUCCAUGCUAUAUUGUGUUUCUUUAAUAUGAAAUCUUUCUUUCCAACUUGCUUUUAUAGAAAUAAGCAUUAGUGUCGGCCAAGUAGAUAAUUUAGACCUAACAAAUUGAAAUGCAGAGUUUAUUUGAAGGAAGUAUUUCUUUAGAAAAACAUUGUAUCAGGCAAGUGUGAAAAAUAAUUAAAAUGUAAACUAGUUAUCUUACUCUGACUUAUACUUGGCAGUUGUUUAGUCAGCAUACAAUGCAAGUCUGAAUUGGAAAAUAUUUCCUCUAGAUGUUAUUACUUUAGGCUAUAGGUUGGUGUGUUUGAUGUGAUAUUUAUAUGCCGUUCCACAAACAUGCCUCUCAGAGGGGCUCACAACAGUAUCAAAUAGCAUGUACAAAUGCUACAGUAGCAUAUAAACCGUAAUAAUGGUUGGUUCUUUGUUGUGGUCAGGUUUCGCGCCUGCGUGGAAGCUCUGUAGGGAACCUCCUAAAGCUCUUUUCCUCUGCUACAUUUUGGCGGUAGUUCUGCUCCCUAUCCUAGUGUCAAUCCAGCUUUCUCUCAGUUCUUUGUUGUCUAUUGAAGGAUCUACAGCUUAGCUGAGGUGCCUUCUUCUCAACUCUCUCUGUCGCUAACCCCCUCCCCCAAACACCUCUGCCUUUAUCUCCUUAUAAAUUGUUCCUAUUUCUUCACUAUCCUUAGUUUCUCUUCCUUAUUCUGUCACUGUUUGCAUUUUGUCCCCCCUCUGGUGUACCCCCCUUCCCUUCCCUCACACACCCCUCCAUUUGGGAGUGGGGGUAGAAACUCUAUUUAACUGCUCUUCAGAGUCACUGCACGGCUGCAAAAGUCACAUUUAAACAUUGUAUGAUUUGUUGGGCCAAGCUCCUGUCGAUGGACGGUCACUCAUUGCCUUCUGCGCCAAGGGGAGUUGCACAUCAUCUAUUCUUGCCCUCACUGUCUGAACUUUACUAAGCAGGCCAUAAAAAAUAGGGAUCUGAUAUUGCGUUCCUUGCUUUGGGAAAAGGCUCUCUCUGCUCCCGUGGCUACGACAUCAAUUGCAAUAGAUGGAAUAGAAGGGUAUGAACUCGGAUCCAUCCCAUUCAGGGGAUCUCAGGCCCGACCAGUCUUGUCUUUCCCAAUGCCUGUGCUGUCAACUCCCAACUGCACACAUGGGACUGAGUGGCACCGACCUAACCAAGGCCAAACUGCCAGCUCCACCUUAGCUGCCACUAGGUUUCAGAGCAGAACCUCCAAAGAAGAAGAAAAAGACCCAAUGGGCUCCGUGCCACCAGACCCAAUGGGCUCCGUGCCACCAAACCCAGAGGCCGUAACUCCUGGCGGGACAAGGGUUGCCACCGAUUUUGAAGAAAAAGAAGCUGUCGACAGAGUGCUCCUAAACACCAACAAGACCACUCUUGAUCUUGAGAUGAAGAUUGCUCCCAGCCUCGAGAUGAACUCUAUCCGAUUGAGCCUGAUCCUAUUCUUGACCCUGACACACCUCACAGUCCUUCCACUCCACUCAGCCUCAACUGGGACCCAACCUCCCCAAUCAGCCUGGGAAAUGAUAGUCACCAUUCAGAUGGCUGGUGAUCUCCUGUGGAGGAUCUAAACUGGGGUGGGGGGGAAACCCCAUUUAGAGAAAAUACAAUACCACACAAGGACCGAGUACCAAGAGCGAAGCAUCCAGAUGGCAAUUACCCUCCUAAAGUUUGUCAUCACCAGGGAGAUUGGGAUUGCUACGAUGAUUGCAGGCAUCACCACCACAGCCAGUGUGACUGGGAUGAUUGUCACAGUGUACUCGAGAUCACUAUCACUUUACCAUAGAUCAUUAUAUGCUCAAAAACUAUACUGCCACUGCCAGCGAUCACCCCCACCAUCCAAACACUGUAGGGAUUGGUCACCAUUUUAUCGUGGCCACAACCGUAAGGAUGCAGUUCCCAAUCCAGAGGACUAUCCAGGUUUUCAUGCCAUGGGCAUCUGUCUCAAGCCAUGGGCAUUGAAAGCAAUCACCUCGCCAACCUCCACCCAACCGACUUAACUGCCCUUCCACAAAAGGAACAGGACACUGCUACACCCAUGGGAGGGGUGUCGGAAGUCUGGCUUGCGGGAAGAAACAGCCUGUAACCAAACUAUUACUUUGGAUCAUGGGCCGUUUACAAUAGACUUGAAAUCUGCUUCCUACUCAGAUGCAGAUUUGGACCUCUAUGAUGCCAGCACACAGGCGCGUAACAACGAUAGGGCAAGGGGAGACAGUUGUCUGGGGGCCCCACUGCCUGGAGGGGCCCCCCAGAGGCACCUCACGUGACUCCCCAUUGCCCCCUGCCCAGCCCCAUAGCUUCUCAGCCACUUGCCCUCUUCGCCGUCUCUCCAGCUUGUUCUCCUGGCCGGCAAUGGAAGCAGCUGACAAGCUGCAAAGAGCUCCUUUUCUCCCGCCUCUCAGCUGAUCGGCGGGUGGGCGGGGCUUCCACGGAGGCCUCCUGUAGGCCUCUGUGAAGCCUGAACUCCAGUAGGGCCCAAGCAAGCCAGGAAGGAGGAGGUAGCCAGAGAGGCCUCCACUGUUCUCUGCAGCAGAAGACCCCCUGCUGCCAGAUUCUGAAGUUACAGCCUGCCUCAUGAUCCAUUUCAAGGUGGAUUGUGGAAACCAUUAGACUGACCUACCAACCUGCAAAGAAACUCGACUUGCAAAGAAACCACCUCCAGGUAUGUAAGCUUGUGAUGCACCCACAAGUGUGAACAACAGAGGCCAUGACAAAGGACAGCAGGUUGCUUACCUGUAACUGAGGUUCUUCUAGUGGUCAUCUGUUCAUCCACACACCUACCCUUCCUCUCCACUGGAGUGUCUUUCAGAUUGGCGGACUUCUGAACUGAGGGAAAGCUGGAGCAACACUAGGAUGGGGGGUGGAGCUACCACCAAAAUGUAGCAGAGGAAAAGAGCUUUAGAAGGUUCCUGACAGAGCUUCAGUGCAGGCUCGAAACCCUACAAGUGUGAAUGAACAGUUGGCCACUUGAAGAACCUCAGUUACAGGGAAGCACCUGCUGUUCCCUUUGGUUUUUCUGUUAAAUUUCCUACUUUGAACUAGAAACUCCUGAAACUGAAUGGGGGAAGAUCUCUUCACUAGAGACCAGUGAGCUUCCCACCCUGCUCCCAUUGGAUUGCUUGAGAAAUGAGCUCAGUCAUUUUGAUAAAACUGUUAAAUAGCCUAGCUCAUUUCUAAGCUAAUCUGAAUUUGCUAACACCCUACAACCGAGCCCCCUCCCCUAGCCCCUUGCAAUGCACUCCAUUGUGAUAGUUCUUGGGAGAAAUACAGUUCCCAAGGGCCAGUGGGGGCAUCCAUGCUAUGAGUGGUAGAUUUUUCUUCCACCCUCUAAUAAUGGCUGGAAUACUGCUACUCCUGCCCAGACUGAUAACUGGGUCUGAUGGAAUAGGAUUUCAGAGUGGUGUGGGUAAACCAGAAAAUUUUCUCCAUCUUGGAUUUAAGGCAGAUAAGAUUUGAGGGGUCUCCUAAUACUCUUACCUCUUGUUUGAGAGGAGCAUUACAAGCUUCCCAAUCCAGGCAAGUUUUACCAGCAUCUCAACUUCUCAUCUGGCUAACAACUGAUCCCAAGGAUAAUCUGCAUAGAUUCUACUCUUAAAUUCUACUCAUGCAGAUUUUGAUGCUAACUAAUCAGAAAGAGUUUCUUGUCUUCCACCCUCUCUGUUGGUAAUAUUGGAAAUGCAGAAAUCUAGACAAUUGGAAAAGUCCAAUUUGGUCUCAGCUGGGGUUAAGAACAUGAGAUUGAUUUCAUCCCAGUUUCACUUAGACUGGAUGUUCUCUGAAUAGUAUUUAUCUUUUUAUACCUAUACACUGCUAUUCUUCCUCCAAAGAGCUCUUGUAUGUGGUUCCCAUGUGGUCUCCCUCCACCCAGAGAGUCAUCAGGUUUGGAACCCUCUGAGUUGGCAUAAUUCUUUGCUGUUAUACUUUUAAGACCCUGCCUGUUAAGACAUCAAAUUUUGUUGAUCUAUGGAUUGUUGCAUUUUAUCUCAUAUCUUUGAUAAUGGAUACAGGCUUGCAAUUAACUUUUGCUAUACUGUACUACAGAUGAUGCAGGAAGCUAGAGUCAAAUAUUUGAAAUCUUCAUCAUUUUAAAAGCUCCUUACACAAACGGAAGUAGCAUGUCAGGGAGAAGCUAAGCUAGAACAUUUUUCCUGCCAUGCUAUUUUCUUUUAAGAAUCGAAAGAUUUUUCUUUUACAGCUGUGAAAAUGGAGAAUGCUGAAUUUUGUAUUUUGCAAGGUCUGCAUUCCUUUAAAAAGAAAGGGCUUUAAAAAGAAAGAAUCAAUCUAUUUUCCAAGGAUCACAGCACAAUCCUAAGCAUCUUUGCUCAAAAAUAAGUCUCUUGGAGUUCAGUGGCAGUUACUCUCUAGUAACUGUUUUGCAUUGCAGCUGUAGUUAUGUAUUUGCUUAUUUACUCUCUAAAAAUUGGGAAUUAAGCAUUCCCUCUCCCCUACCAAAAAUAUGUGAUUCUAUGGUCUGUUUUAUACACUUGCAUGAAAGUAAGAUUUUGUGAAAUAAAUCAUGGAUGCAUUUAAAAGGUACAUUGUAAAAGAGAUAGUUCUCCCUGUUCUUUGAAGUGCUUGCCAUGAGCUUGGGUGGUAUAGAAAUAUGUUUGUAUAAAUAAAUAAAUCAAUCAAUCCAUC